CAAGAACUUCAAACUUUUAUGUGCUUUGAGUGCUUGCCAUUGUCUUCAACGACGCCCAAAAUGUAUAAACUGUUGCCCUCGGCUUGUACACCAGGCAAGACUGCGAUGGACAUCUACCAAGGAAAGCCCUGAGCAGAUCCAGCCAUCAGCUAUGGCUCUCGCCAACGAUGCCCUCUUACUGCUCUCGCCCUCCCCAUCGCUCGGCCGGGCCUCCCCGUCCUUCAGCAGCCGGGCCACGGAGAUGGUCAACCUCGCAGAAAACGCACACCUGAGACUCGGCCCGGCUCUCCACAUCGGGGCCCAGCCAUCCAAGUGGGCAAGCAAAGCGCCGGUCGUCAUUGCAUUCCUGGGUUCGGAUGAGAGGCAGUGCGACGUCGUCAUACGCGGGCCGGGUAUCGAGCCACUGCAGUGCGCCUUCCUGCGCCACCCGGGCAACGGCGUCGUCGUGUUCGUGGACUACUCCCAAGGCGAAACCAGCCGUGUAAGCCAUACCGAGUACGGCCCGAAGCGCAAGCACAGGAUGAUGGCCCUCUCCCCCAAGCUCAAGACGAGCAUCAGAAUGGGCGCGCCCGCGACCAGACGAAUGCGCUUUCUCAUCUCGUGGCCCGACAGCCCUUACCCCAGGCCGCUGGCCAACGAUGCCUGGCGCAUGGGUGAGCUGCUGCCGCCUAAAAAAUGGGUCCCCCAGAUACGCACAGGGUUCGAGCUCAUACUGCCCUUCUUAGACCGGCGCGGAGAUGGUGAAAUCCGUUACGAAGAGCUCGGGGCCGUGGGCCACGGAGGCCGCGGGCUGGUGAGCAAGGCGGUCGACGUGGAUACGGGCAACCUUCUGGCUGUCAAAACUGUCAGAAGCGGCGAUUCGACACCUCGGAAGGAACAGUCGAUUGUCCGCCAGGAGCUGCGCCAAGAAGCCGCGGUUCUUGGAAGGUGCCGGCAUCCACACAUCGUCGAGUUCAUGGGACUGCAGCACUACCAAGGCUCGCCGGCGCUGCUUAUGCAGGUCAAGGAGGGCGAUAUCAGUGAUCUCACCCAGUGGGUUCGCAACGACCCUCAGCUCAAGCCCGACAUCUACUACCUGGCCGACGUCGUCAACCUCCAAAUGCUACGGGCGCUCGACUUCCUGGCCAAGCAGGGCCUGGCGCACCGGGACGUCAAGCCGAAGAACAUCCUCUUCGUCUCGGGCCCCGUCUCGGGCCCCGCCUCGUUCCACUUCCAGCUGACGGACUUUGGCGGGGCCAAGGACUGGGGCGAUACCGGCGAGGACGUCGGCGCCGGCACCCCGUGCUACAUUGCGCCAGAGCGCAUCUGGGAGAACCUGGAGGCCACGUGGUCCAGAAAAAGGAAGCAUUAUCGCAAGGAGUUCUGCAAGCAGGACGUCUGGGGGCUGUUCGUGACGCUCCUGUGGAUAGUCGAGGGCGACGGCCUUGUCGUGACCCAUCUCGCCCCGGCCAUAGAUCGCUUCUACGCCGAGAUCGAGCAGUCAGAUACGAGUCCGGACUGGCGCAAUGUCAUGUCCAAUGCGACGGCCGACUUCUACGACACGACCCAGACUUGGGGCCAGAGGGUAUGCCCAAGAAGUGCGUGGGUGCGCAUGGCGCAGCUGAAGCCGGAAUAUCGUGCGUCUGCCGCGGAAUUGUUGCGUAUCGUAUCGUCGCAAGCGCCGCCGCCUUCCUUACCUUCGUUUUUCCCUAGGCUGCUUAACUCUUGGAAUCGGCGACAACUCCCGGCCUGAAG